AUUAUCAAUUCCAUCAUCAUUCAAUGACGCGAAUGUUUCAUUUUCAGCAAUUUUAACGAUCUAAUUCUGGGAUAUUAAAUUUUUCUAAUGGAAAGUGAAAUAAGAAUAAUAUGUGGAGAAAUCGUUUUAUCGUUCAACAAGUAAAACUUCGUUUUGCAAAAUUAUCUGAAAAUGCUAGUGCACCAACCAAAGGAUCUGCAACAGCUGCUGGUUACGAUUUAAGAGCUGCUUAUGAUGGUUUAGUUCCUGCACGUGGAAAAGAAAUAAUUGCAACUGAUAUUCAAAUUGAGCUUCCUCGAGGAUGCUAUGGACGUAUUGCACCACGUUCAGGAUUAGCAGCUAAAAAUGGAAUUGACGUUGGAGCUGGAGUUGUAGAUGAAGAUUAUCGUGGAAAUUUGAAAGUAGUUUUAUUCAAUCACUCGGAUGUACCUUUUGUUGUUAAGAAAGGUGACCGUAUUGCACAAUUAAUUUGUGAACAAAUUUACUACCCUGAACUUGAAGAAGUUGAGUCUUUAUCUGAAACCGAACGAGGCGAGGGAGGUUUUGGAUCCACUGGUACCAAAUAAUUGUUUUCAUGUGUGAAUGCUUUUUCGAAUUUAUUUUUAAGAUUUUUUGUACCUAAUUUUGCGAUAUUAAUUUUUAA